AUGAAGGUAUUCUCCAUCAACUUGAGAAAUAUAAGCCGAUUCUCAACUUCAACUACUAAAUUUUAUAUUCCUCUCUGCGAUUCCAAGUACUAUAGCGUCCUAUUCCAAGGUUCAGACACCAGCACACCACCACACGCCUUCAACUUAUCCAAUACCACCCUCAAGCAAAAUUACCUAUCCAAGCAGAAGCAAUUUCAUCCUGAUAAGCCAAAUAUCGACCACGACUACGCCUUGCAAACGUCGUCAUUGAUCAACAAAGCGUAUGAGACACUGCUUCACCCACUCUCCCGCGCUGUCUAUCUCCUCGAGCUGAACGGUAUUGAGAUAGCUGAAUCUGACUCCAUUCACGAUAGCACCUUGCUCAUGGAUAUGCUCGAACUGCGAGAACAACUCGAAGAUGCACAGUCCGAGGAGGAGGUGACGCAAUUGAGACACGAUAAUGGUCAGUCUAUUCAGCAAACCACCCAUUUACUCUCACAGGCUUUUGAAAAUAACGACUUGGAAUCAGCGAAAAACUUGACUAUCAAGCUUCGUUAUUUGUGUAAUCUUGACGUUGCAGCGAGGGAUUGGCAACCAGGUGCUCCUGUGGUUAUACAGCACUAA